AUGGCGUCUACACCACAUACGCCCGCUAAGACAUCGAUUUCAAAUAAAAUUACCAAAAAUUCAGCGCAUAGUAUCGUAAUUUUUAACAGUUAUAAUAAAAGUAAAAAAUUUGAACGUAGACAAGAAACGGACAAUAAUAAGAACACGAAUAAAAAAGUAUCGAGCAUAUCUGAUAUUCCUGAUAUUGCUACUAAACUAAUACCCGAAAUACCUAGUUUCACUGAGACAUCAUCAUUACCUACCGAUACAACGUUACUGCCUACCGACACAACAUCACUACCUACCGACACAGCUACCGUCUCACCCACUGAUACAUCAGUUCCGAUAUUAAGUGAACCAUCACCCUCCGACACUACUUUUAAUAUCGCUUCAAUACAAACACAGAAUCCUUCACAACCCACAUCAAUGGCAACUUCGACGCCAGGGUUAGAUACAAACGGCACACGUUCAAAAAGAAAGAGAAAUGCCAAUAAUGCAAACAAUAAUAAUGAUCAUUAUUUACGUAACAUCGAUAAUAGUGUAAAUGAUGAAGAGAAAGUAAUAGGAAAUAUGAUAUCAAUGGAUAAGGAGAAGGAAAAUAAUUCUAAAUCGAAUUCAUUAACUUCAUUAACUAGUAUUUCCUCUUCGUUCAAAAUGAAAAAAGGAAAAGUUGUGCCUGCUGAUGUUAAUAUUGCUAGCUCUCCUGCUACUCCAACUACGUUAAGUUCUCCCCCAAUCGUGGCUAAUAAUGAUGAUGAAGGCCCUUCCCCUCCUUUUAGGGUAAAACGUGCCGCAAAAACUAAAUCUGUAUUUACUGAAAUAGUUGAUUUAACUGAAGAAGAAAAUAAUAACCUAAGGAAAUCUGUUAGUACUGGCAUAUACACAAUUACUUCCCGAUUUAGUAAUGUUUCGAGUAGUAAUAUUGGUUCUGGAGAACGUUCUUCUGUGAAUACCGUGACACCUUUACAACAAGAACGUAUUGAAUCAAUGAUCCUUUCUCCCAAGGCUAAUACAAGCCCAAGUGCAAUUGGUAGUAGUAGCGUGAAUAAUAAUCAUUCAAGGAUUGUUACUUUUGCGACACCUCCAUCAGAUACAAGUAGUAGUGAUGAUAAUGAUACUAGACAUUCUAUUUAA